UCUGUGCUCAUAACGGAGAACUAAAUGUAAAUGGUCAGUGGUGGUUUUGUUCUUGCUCGUUUUCAUUCCCUUUCAAUUUUUAAUAAUAGCUGGUAAAUAAAAUUGCAGUGAUGGCUAAUAUAGCAGCUAAACGUAUCAAAAGAGAGUUCAAGGAGGUCAUGAAAAGUGAAGAGGUGGCAGGUGGUGCCAUCAAGCUGGAGUUGGUUGACAACAAUUGGACAGAGUUGCAGGGAGCGAUAGCCGGCCCACCUGAUACACCUUACGAGGGUGGCACCUUCCUGUUGGAGAUCAAAGUACCGGAGACUUAUCCAUUUAAUCCUCCUAAGAUCCGGUUCAUGACGAAGAUCUGGCAUCCGAACGUGUCAUCAGUGACGGGGGCUAUAUGCUUGGACAUCCUGAAGGACCAGUGGGCGGCCGCGCUGACCCUGCGGACUGUGCUGCUGUCGAUACAGGCGCUCCUGUCCGCCGCCGAGCCCAACGAUCCGCAGGACGCGGUCGUGGCCAAGCAGUACCGGGACAACCUGUGCUUGUUCAAUUUGACCGCCCGCCAUUGGACGAACGUGUACGCCGGUGGGCCGUCGGUCAUUGCCGACUUCAACCAGAAGGUGCAGCGGCUGCUGGACAUGGGCGUGGAGGAGCACCAGGCCCGCGUCGCCCUCUCCACCUACGACUGGGAGCUGGAGCGCGCCACCGAGCAGCUGUUCAGUUAGUGCCGCGCCCCCCCGCGCUGCCGCGCCGUCGCCCGCGCGUCCGCCCCCCCGCCGCCGCCGCCGCCGCCCCGCGCCCCCCGCCGCCGCCACCGCCGCGUCUACGCCACGGUCCGCGUCCGCUCGUCCAUCGUUUCGUUCUACCCGCGCCCGGGUGCGCCGGCGUCGGGCGAUCGCUCAUGAGAUAUAUUAUCAUAAACAAUACGCGUUAGGCGCGCGACACUCUGGGUUAAUAUAUACAUACAUACAUUAUAUACAUAUAUAUAUAUUUUGUGAUCGUUAACAACUUAAAUUGUAUGUCCGCUGUGAUCGAUCUGUCCAUAUUUUUUUGGGUAAUGUGUGGAUAAGCGCUAGAUUACACAUACUGCGAUAGUGUUUAGGUUAAUACGAUGUGUUGAUUCGAUUAGUGUCUCACAGAGGUACAUAUUUUUUAUACUGUCUGCGUCGGUUGACACGUUUAGCUUUUCAGUUUGCUCAUUCUUGAUAAUGUUGUGCCGUUACAUUUAUGCAAACGUUUAUUAAAAUAAAAUAAGUAGAAUGAUUAAUAAUUAUAAUAUGAUAAAAUAAUAAUUAUAAAGGAAACAUAUAAUGAUUAUGAAAUUAAUAGGUAGAGGUUGAGGGUCGAAAACAACAAUAGCCUAUUGUAGAUGGUCGCUCGUGAGUGAAUUGUCUAUAGUUAAAGGCGAUCGCUCGCCAUGUGGAUGGCGCGAUGA